GCGGAAGAAGCGCAGGAGCGAGAAGGUCACUGGUGAUCUUUACGAUGGCGGCCUUCAGGGCGCUGGUGUCGGGAUGUGGGCGACUGCUACGAGGUUUCCUGCAGGGACCGGCUCAAGUCAGCUGGGCUCGGCCGCCAGCCCGGGGACUCCGAGAAAUCGUGGAGAUCCAAGAAGGGAAGACAACUAUUAUUGAAGGCCGAAUCAUAGAGACUUCCAAGGUGGCACCAGAUCCUCCUAACCCCUCUGGCCAGUGCCCAAUCUGUCGUUGGAAUCUGAAACACAAGUAUAACUAUACGGAUGUCCUUCUACUGAGUCAGUUCAUCCGGCCCCAUGGGGGAAUGCUGCCCCGGAAAAUCACAGGCUUAUGCUUGGAAGAGCAUCGGAAAGUGGAAGAGUGUGUGAAGAUGGCCCACCGGUCAGGUCUGCUGCCAAAUCAUAGGCCUAAGCUUCCUGAAGGAUUUGUUCCCAAGAAAAAACCCCAACUCAAUAGGUACCUGACGCGUUGGGCUCCCCGCUCUGUCAAGCCCAUCUUAAAGAAAGGUCCGAAAUGGAACAAAGUUCGAAUGGCUGUGGGCUCCCCCCUGCUUAAGGAUAAUGUCAACUACACAGGCAAACCCCUAGUGAUGUACCACUAAAAGGAGGGAGUGGUUUCUAAGAUCUUGGCCAAAGUCCCCAAGCCUCGCUGAUGGGAGCUAUCUCCCAUCAUUUCCAAGAAAGAACUGGAAAGCAAAUCCAGCCUAGAACUGCUGCAGACCCAAAUGUCUUCACAGUUCAUUAUUCCUAACCAAAAUGUGGACAAAAGGGAAGGCAAUAAUAAUGUGAUCCUGAUUCUAAUGGAACUUCUCAUGGAGUCAUGGGCUCUAAAGCAGCUGUUAGUGAUGGGGUGGCCAUCGGCAGUUGCCAUGAGGUAUCAUGACUGGCUUUGACUGAACCUUUGAGUUGAGUGAUAUAUUGCCCAAGAAAUGCCAUAAAACAAGAUACUUGCUAAA